CACCAAUGAAAGUUUGUUUGGUAUCAUUUUCCUUAUUCCCUUCCUUAACAUUCCCUAUUUCCUGACUUCCCACUAGGAGGAUUAUGAGUGUUUCAUAAAUGUUUGUUAUGUUGUAUAUAUUUUGAUUUUAUAAACGCCGCAUAUUUUAGUAGACACAAUGAAUGAACUUUUUAAAAAUUUGUCUACACUUAUCAAGUAACCUGAGAACAAUCCUUUUGGUAGUUAGUUUAUGGUUGUGUCAUUGGAUUAUUUUUAUUCAACAUGAAAACAAACAGGGACGACUGAAUUUACUCAUCAGUUCCUACUGGUGGUCCAAUCAUAAUCACGGACACGUGAACAACUAAAUUACCCGUUCUCUUGUACACAAACGAAUAGACCCAUAUACGUGUGUAUACAUACGUUGUACAUAAUAUGUACACCCCUUGCAAGUCAAAACCCCACCACUCAAAUAUUCUAACUAGUGAAUUUAACAGAGAUAGGUUAUAAUAUCCAGUGGAAGAAUACAAAUAUUUGCCCAUCAAAAAAUUUUUAACCGAAAAAUAUAGAAAGCUAUUCAGUUAUUUAUUUAUUGAGUGGGUGGAAAUACAUCAUUGUUAUUAACACGUUUCAUGUUAUUUCAUCUUUGAUUAUUACCAACCAUCAUCGUAGCCAUUCGUCUUGUAACAACGUGCAGAAACUCAUUUGGGAUACUUUUUUCUUUAAAAAAAUACAACUAUCAUCAAUCAUUUUUCACAGACGAUAAUUCAAACUUGUCAAAAUGAUAUUUACGUAUUUCCUAUUUCCUUCCUUUGAAUAGAAAGAUAAUUUAUCAUUCUGUAUGCAUAAAUACAUACAAAUAUACACGUACACAUAAAUACAUAUACACACUUACUGAUUGUAGACAGACAAACAUCUGAAGGUAGUAACGAUAUUCGCCUUAUUAUAUCUUUUUGUUUUAAUGAAAAAGAAAACGACUUAUACUUUCUUGUAUAGAUAGAUUAUUCUUCAACAUUUUGACAUGAGUUCAUUGUUACACUGACAUAUUUUUAUCAUAUUGGAAGAAUUCAUGUGGAUCAUUUUCAGUUAAAUUAUAUACUAUAUAUGUAUGUAUAUAUCUAUAUAAAUAAGGGCUAUCAUCAUUAUUGAUUUUUGUUAACGUUACAAUAAUUUCUAAAAAUUACUGAUAUUCUCAUCCCAUGAGUUCGAAGUAGUUUGUUAGAAAUUUAAUAAUAAGAUUAUUAUCACUACUAGUAUACUACCCUCAAUUAUUAGCAAGUGACAUUAAAUAUAUAUAUCAAUCGUUUCAUCAGGUAAAUACUAAAAAAAAAUUACAAUCAACAGUAAUUGGAAUAUUGAAAUUUGAACACAAAUUUAAACGAUACAAUAUUAUUUACAAUUUGGUGCUUGGAAUUUUUGUUAUUAUUCAAAAGUUGAUCAAUUCAACCAAUCUAAAGUGUAUUAUAUAUAAGAAAAUCACAAAUACAACUACAAACAAUAAUUUGUGGUAGUUUUGCAUAUAUGAAUAUUUUUUUCAUUCAUUUUAAAGCAAAAAAGGGAGACUAAACAUCGAAAGUUUAUUUUUACAUUAUGGUUCAAAGGAUUAUCAUGAUUCUGUCAUCUUUCCAUAUCAUUAAGGAUAUUAAUUAGGAACUUCAAGAAUGCUGUAUAGAAUUGAGUAAUACCAGAACAAUACACUUCCCAAAAUUAUAACAAAAAGUCUUCACCAAUUUCAACUAGAAAAUUAUGAACAGUGAAAUUUAUGGUGGUGAAACACUGUUAGGAUUGUUUAGUCCACCAACAGCUGGUCAAUUAUUACCGAAUUUGUUAUUACCACCAGGCGAAUCAUCCAACUCACCAAUUGAUGUUCAUAAAUUGACUAUGUCAAUAAAUUCUAAUUCUACACGAGGAAUUUCUAAUAUGAACAAAGGUAAUAAUAAUAUUUUGCAACCUUUACAACAACAAACGCAAAGACAAAAUCCUUAUGAACAUCAAGAAUAUUUUUCAUUAAGAAAUUCAUUAAUAGGUUCAUCAAUUGCAUCAAGUACGAUUGCAACACCUGGAGCAGUGACACCACCAACAACAGCGAUAAUAAGUGGUAUGACUCCAGUAUCGAAUUCAUUAGAACAUUAUUCACGAUUUCUUAAUUCUCGUGUUAAUAUCAGUGAUGGUGGCAGUAAUUGUCCUUAUAAUAAUGAUACAGAUGAAAAUGGAUUAGAUAUGAAACAGAAUAUUGAAAAGAUUAAAAGUCAUCCAUUAUUUCCCUUACUUGCUUUAAUAUUUGAAAAAUGUGAAUUAGCCACAUGUAUACCAAGAGAUGAGAGUUCCAAUAAUUCAGCUGAUGUUUGUUCAUCUGAUUCAUUUCAAGAAGAUAUAAGUAUGUUCACGAAAGAAAUGGCUUCUUCAAAUCGAUCAAUGUUUACUUCUGAACAGGAGUUAAAUUUAUUAAUUAUUCAAGCGAUUCAUGUGCUUCGGUUUCAUCUACUGGAAAUUGAAAAGGUUCAUGAAUUAUGCGAUAGUUUUUGUUCACGUUACAUUACAUGUUUAAAAGGUAAAAUGCCAUUGGAUUUAGUCUGUGAAGAUAGAGAAUCUGCUGCUGAUUCUACAGGUUCAGCAACAAGUCCAUUUUUAAAUCGUUCAUCUACACCAAAUUUAUUUACUGACCAAAAUGAAUCAUUAAUAAAUAGUCAACAGAACAAUUCUACUUUGUUUAAUAAUAAUAAUAAUAAUAAUAAUAAUAAUAAUAAUGGCUCUAUACAAAAUGGAUCAUUAUUACCUUCAAAUCAUCCUCUUCAGUCAUCAUCAUCUGCGUCGCUUACGCUAAAUUCAAUUCCUUAUCUACAAGAUUCUUGUUUAUUUAAUUCUGAUUCAUCAAAUAUUAUGCAAUCAUAUAAUCGUACUAAUAACAAUAAUAAUAGUGUAUCAACUGUCGAAAAUUUUAAAACUAUUCUCUCAAAUGAAUUUGAGCACAAUCAAAUUAUUAAUUCUAAAAAUAUUAGUAUCAAUGCAGAUUCGUCAAAAUUAAACUUUGGUUUAAAUGGAUCCAUGUCAUCAUCAUCUACAUCAUCAAUGGGUUCAACUUCACCUAAUGCACAAGUGUCAUCUGUGAGUCGUAACCAAACGGGACUAAGUGGAUUAUCUAAUGCCACGUCUACUGCAGUUAUCCCAACUUCCAUUGUUGCUGAAGCAAUUACUAUAACUGGAAUUCCCACUGUAACCGAUUCAAGUGAAAGUAGUUCAAUAGAAUCUUAUUGUGAUUCACAAGUUAAUUCUCAUUCAAAUUUAGCUCAAGCUUAUAUGAACCAGUCUAACUUUUACAAUAUAAAUUCUCACGAUGAAAAUAAUACAUGUUCAACUAUUACUAAUAAUACUAAUACUACUUCUACUACAACCACUUCUAUGAGUAGUAAAAUUCAUACAAAUGAUAUUGACAACGAUAGUGUUGUAAUUAAUGAAGAUUCUGAUAAAUCAAUGAAUUUCCAUUCAAAUCCAUUUGAUUACUCCCCUCAAUCAUUAUAUACAAAUUCUUAUUAUAAUCAAUAUUUCUCACAAUAUAUACGAGAUAACAUUCCUCUGAAUAGUAUGUUACCAAAUAUGAAUGACACUUUAAACUAUACAGAAUCAUUAAAUAAUCACAAUAUUAAUAAUAAUCAUACAAAUCGAAACUAUGACUAUUCGAAUCCUUGUGGAUUUUAUUCAAAUUUUUUCUUAAAUUCAAAUAACAAUAUACAUUCUAAUGAUAUAGUUGGUAGUUGUUCUUCAUCUUCGACAAAAAUGAAUUCAUCUAAUACACUACCUUAUCAUAGUCAAAAUCAAGAUCAUCAUGUUUCUUCUCAUCAUCAACAUCCUCAUCAUCAUCAGCAUCAGCAUCGACAGUAUGACCAAUUGCGUAAUCAUUACCAUUCGUUACUUAAUGAUGCAAUAAGUAAGGAUGACUGUAACGAUUCCAAUUCAGUACAUUCAAGUCAGUCUAUGCCAAAUUGUUUAUCAUCAACAAUCAAUUCUACAAUUCAACCGCUUAAUUUUAUUGAUCCUUAUAUCGAUGUUUCUGAUGAUGUACAGUCACGUUCACAUGAAAAAACUCAUCUACAACAUGAAACUAAUCAAUUAGAGCAUAGUCCAAACUCAAUACCAUAUUUACAACAUGGAUUGCAUUCUCAUUAUCCAAUACUUUCUAAUAGUUCUUCAAUUUUAAUAACAUCAACAUCACCAUCAUCGUCAUCACCAUCAUUAUCUACAUCAUCCUUACAAUAUCAUAAUCUUUAUCAAUCACAACAUUUUCCAUCAAAUCAUGCACAUUCAUCUUUAUUACAUAAUUCACAAUAUACAGGGUAUCGUACUAAUUGUAUACCAUCAAGACCAACAUCAAGAAUUCGACAUACUAAAUCAUCUUCUUUGAAUGGUUCAAUUCGCAGUGAUAGUUCAUUAAAUGAUGAUAUACAAACAGAUAGAAUUGGGCUUAAAUCAAAUGAAUUAGGAAUAGAUGAAACUGGAUCACAGAAAGAUGUUAUGGAAGAAUUAGACUCGGAAACUAGAAAUGAUUUAAAAAGGCAGAAAAAGCGCGGAAUAUUUCCAAAAGUUGCUACAAAUAUCAUGAGAGCAUGGCUUUUUCAACAUUUAACGCAUCCAUAUCCAUCGGAAGAACAAAAGAAACAAUUAGCUCAAGAUACAGGAUUAACUAUUUUACAAGUAAAUAAUUGGUUUAUUAAUGCACGUCGAAGAAUUGUACAACCUAUGAUUGAUCAGUCUAAUAGAGCAGGACCACAUGGUUAUUCAAUCAAUGACAAUAUACCCCCAUGUAUAGACUAUAUGGAAGGUGGUCCACCGUAUUCAGCUUAUACUAGAGCAGCUCAAGCUGCAGCCGCUGCAGUAGCUGGAUUCUCAAAUCAUCCUACAUCAAAUGAUGUUUAUUUAGCCGCUGCUGCUGCAGCCGCUGCAGCUUCUGUCGGCUUUGGCAAUAGUUCCAUGGUAAACAAUUCAUCAAGUCAAGAUAAUUUGAUUCGAUUCCCUACUACUACUAAUAAUAAUAAUCGUAGUGACCAAUGCGUUGGUGAUGUUUCAUCAAAGACUAAUGGAAUAGAUUCACUUGUCAUGCCAACAGAUUAUACGCUACCAGAUCGUGUUAGUAUUGUAAAUAAUCGUUUACCCCAUAGUUCAAUAUAUUCAGAUGACAUAAAUGAAAUUCCUUCGAAUUUAUCUUCUUCAUCACCAAUGUGUAAUAUAUUAACAAAUAAUCCAUUUAAUAGCUCUGGUAUAGAUUAUACAACAGUAAAUAGUCCAUACAAUAAUAGUAAUACUACCCAUCUUCAUCAUCAUCAGCAGCAGAAGCAACAAAAUAAUCCUCGCUAUUCCACUGUGAUGCCGUGUUCUAAUUCUUUCGACACAUCAAAUGGAUAUUCAUUAAAUCAUCAUUCAUAUCAUAAUUAUGGUUCCAAUAGUCUUGAUACAAUGUCUACAGUAUCGACAAAUUAUAAUACUUAUCUAAUGUCAUCGCAUUAUAACACGACACCAACAACAAUAUCAUAUUCACCUAAAAAUUAUCGUAUCAAUGAUACAGACAGUAACAAUUUUAUAAACUCUGAAGAUAUUUUAACUACUACCAAUAGUUCAAUUAUUCAUAAUAAUAGUAUUUCGGAUGAUACAAUCUUAGGCAUAAAUACUGUUACUACACCAUCACCAUCCAUGACAUCAUGUAAAAAUAAUGAUGUAGUUGAAAAUGAAGGACUUAAUAUUUAUUCAACUUCUUUAGGUAUUAUUGGUUCAACAAAAUAAUGAUUCUUCAAAAAUAAAUAAAUAAAUGGUGGAUCAUUUGAAGAAUAUCUCAAGUAUUUGUUUUUCUUUGACAAAACCUCUUUCAUUUCUUCUUGGUGAAUGAAUGUAAAGUUAUUUCCUUUUCUUCACCUUGACUUCAAUCAUUUUAAUCAACCAAAAAAGGGGACAAAAAUAAAAUGAAUGAACAAAAAAUUCUGCGGUUUAUUUCCGGUGUUUGAAUAGAUAGAAUAGAUUUAAGUAACAUUUAAAUAAGCAUAUGUAAAUGACAUGGAUUAGGGAAAAGUGAGAAACUGGGAAAUCAUUCAUUGAUAUUCACUGACAUACAAACACCUGAAUGUACUUGAAGCAAAUUAUAUAAAAAACUUAUAAUUUAUUUGUUUACUGUUGAUUUCUACUUAUAAGAGAUCUGGAAAAGUGUUUUCUUCUUUUUCUGUAUUGUUUUUUGUAUUAAUAUUCAUUCAUUAUAUAGUUUAUUGUUCUUCAUUAAUUCUAAUAUGAUAGGCAUGCUUAUCUCAUUUAUUUGUAUUUACAUUAUUCAUAGUCAAAAUGAUAAAAACGCAAACAACAACAAAAAAACAACAACCCAGGACUAUUCAUCCUUUAUUUUAACUUUCAAUAAUAAAGACAAUUGAAUUCGAAUAUAAACUGACUGAACUGUAAAAGAACUACUAUAUACUUAUUUUUGCAUAAGUUAAAAGUCUUUUAAAAGAUAGACAAAGACGCUUACAUACAUUCAGACACAUACAAUACAGGGUAUCAUUUGUUCUGAAUUAUUUUACCUUCAAAAUCAGCUUAUAUACAUAUAUAUUGUUUUUGAGAAGAAGAGGGAGAUUUCUUCAAUUCUUGCCUUCUUCAAUGUUUUUUUUUCUAUUUCUCAAAUUUCAUUUUUUCUGAAAUAGGUUUCUUUCUUAAUCUAUCUGAUAUUGUUAAACAGUAAAAAAAUUAUAAUAAAAAGCAGUAAUGAUGUUCAUAACAAUAAUAUUAUGAUAAAUUUUGACAAGGGUAAAACACAUUAAUCAAUAAAAAUUAAUUGAAUUAUAGUAGAGUUUUCAAUUUUCUAAUCUUUAAGUUUUAUUAUUCUAUUAUGCUAAGAAUUAAUGGUACAGAAUAGUGGGAUGUUUGUUCAAUGAAUGUACCAGUUAAUCAUUUAAACAAGUGAAAUAAAGCGUUAUUGUAUAUCUUCUUAAGUUGAUAUGAAUCAUUUGUCUUGGUUGAUCAAUCGUUGAAAGCUAAAAAUCACUGGGUAAUUUUUCCGUCCUAUUAUGCAAACUAUUAAACGUCAGUCCCCUGGUGUCGGGUGCCAUAUUAGGUCAAGAUAGGUAUCCAGUGCUAUGAGGCCAGUUUUUUUUUAACUAAAAUCAAUCUAUGGUACUUACGUCUGUUACGCCUUCUGGAGGAGCAUAGGCCGCUCACUAUCACUUUUCAUCCAACCCUGUCC